CCGGAAGUUAUAUAUGUAAACAACAUUCGGCCGACACAGCCAGGCAGCAGGUGCUUGUUCACAUCAGUUGAACAUCAUCAUGGACUAUCCUUUUGUAUUGUUUGUCAUCUUUACCUGUUCGUAUAACAUAAUCAAAGCUGAUCUGACAAAAGCACCAGGGCACUUGAAACCAUUCGGACAUGGAAGACCGAUUGUUGAAGUAGAGGAAACGGACAUAACACCGGACCCUGCAAGCUUUUGGAAAACUAAUGUUUAUGCUCUUAAACCACUGAAAAUGAAAGGAGCUGCUUCAAUAUCACCUGCAUUUACAAAAUGGACAGACGAUUAUUUCCUGUCACUCGACAUGUCGAAUGAAGAUACUGUGACAGUCGAAACUGUGAAAAAGGAAAGCAGACAACAAAAAAUCUUGCAAUUGGAUUUUCAGCAGUUUGUGAAAGAAUACAACAAUUCCGAGAUUUAUAUGGUUAACUCAGUACCACAGGCGAUAUGUCACGAUGUAGUUUUACCCUGUCCAAUACAGUGUCAGUAUCUGGCUGAAAAAGGACUUGUUGAGGCGCUGAUGUGGUACAGUAGUGGCGGCACCAACUCUGUCGUACAUACAGACUCUGUAGACAACAUCAAUUGUCUGUACCGUGGCAAAAAGGAGUUCAUCCUGGUAGAUCCCAGCAAGUAUGGAGAUAAGGUGGACCUUGACAGACCUGAGGGUUCUUACUCUGCAGUGGAUGUAGACAGAGUGGACUACACAGCAUACCCAGGACUGGCAGAGGUGGACUACAUCCACGUUAGUAUGGAACCCGGCGACUGUCUCUAUAUACCAUACAGGUGGAUUCACCAGGUACGUUCCUAUGGCAACAAUCUGGCUGUGAACAUUUGGUGGAACCAUCACAUAGCACCAGAGGUCAACCUUGACCUUUGUAACGCCGAGUGUGACCAUCAGAUGACAUUAAAUCAUCUAGAAUUUAGAGGAUUUGGAGAAAUGACAAGUGUGGAUGGUAUCAGGGAUCACUUUGAAUCAUUUUUAGGAAUAUCUAGUCGAAUUUCUUUCAAAAGAUUCCAAAGAGCUUUACUUGGGGAAGAUAUUGAGAUGUUAAAGGAGAGAAAUGCUGGGGAUGAAUAUCUGUUGUACCUGAGACAGAUAUUCUCGUUAAUGGAUGACAAUUCUGACGAUAUAUUGACCAAACAAGAGGUGAAGGCUACACCACCAGAGAACUGGACUCGGAUCCAAAAAGUCAUGAGGGAAAUGGAGAGUUAUUUGGACAGGACACUUGGUGUUGCAGACGAUAACCAUCAUGAUGAACUGUAAUAGGUACAAUGGCUUUAGUAACCCAUAGCAACAAUGUAACAUGAACUACAACAAUCCAGUUAAAAUGUUAUUGUGGUUAUUAGCUCAAGUCAAGGCUGUUAAAGGCUCAAAGCAGUAUGAAAUGAUGCCAGAAUU